AUGGCUGCUGCUGCUUCUUCUUCUUCAAGUAAUGUUUACUUACUAGAUGAGUGUUGGGAAUAUAUCUUCAAAUUCCUUAUCAACCACGAUACCGAGUACACUCACCGUCGCUACGUUGAACUAAAGCCUCUUUCUCUCGUAUCCAAACAGUUCCUCUCCGUCACAAACCGUCUUCGAUCAUCUCUCACAUGCACCGUCUAUAAUCCAACAUGCCAGUUCUUCCAUAGAUUCUCCAACAUCGCCUCCCUCGACCUAUCCUACUACGUUGGUGGUGAUCUCGAUGAUCUUCUCAUCCAAAUCUCUCGUUUUCCAUUGAAAAUCACAUCACUCAAUAUCUCAAACCAACUCAUUAUUCGAGUAAAGGGAUUGCGAGCUUUCUCCAAAAACAUUACAACUUUGACAUCUCUAGUAUGUUCCAACAUUGCUACUCUCUAUUAUACCCACAUGUUAUUCAUUGCCGAAUGCUUCCCUCUCCUCGAAGAACUUGACUUCAGUAAACCUAAACAGUUUAAAUUUAACAAAACCGCCUUCUUCCCUGCACAGGCUCUUUCGUUGGCACUGCCCAAACUCCGCAAAGUUAAUGUUGCAAAUUACUAUAUCUCCAACGAAUUACUUUUCCACAUGUGCAAGAACUGUAAGCUUCUCAAAGAGGUUAACAUCAUUAAUUGUUGGCGCAUAACCCUGUCUGACAUCGCAGCUGAUCUCCACGAGAGGCCAACGUUGAGCUCUUUAUCUUUUUCAGCAAGCAAGUUCCACCCCCUCACUUCAUCUUUCAUUGACUCUUUGGUGAUUUUGAAGGGUUUGACUUCACUUGAUUUGUUCAAUUUGAGAAUAUCCGAUGAGUUGCUCUCCUCUAUUGCAAUGGAGGGUCUUCCUUUGACAAGGCUUGGUCUCCGAAAUUGUUCAGGCUGUAGUUAUACUGGAAUAUAUUCUUUGCUAUCCAAGUCUCCAUGUAUACAACAUUUGAUUCUUCAAAGGGCUUCUUGUCUGAAUAAUCAACAUGUUGCCGAGUUGUCUUUAUUUCUGGAUGAUUUGAUCUCUAUAAACCUUAGUCGUUGUAAAAGACUCACAGAAUCAGCCUUGUUUGCACUUGUUAGGAACUGUCCUUCACUUAUUGAGAUCAAUAUGGGUGGGACAUCUAUUGGAAAAGAGAGCGUAAGGAAUUCUAAUUCAUCGAAGGAUCCUAUUGUAAACUCUCAAUUAAAGUCUCUCUAUUUGGCUAAUUGUGAGAAGUUAAGAGAUGAAACCAUCAUAAGGUUUUCUUCCAUUUUCUCCAAUUUGCAGCUGCUUGAUUUGAAUUCUUUCCAACCUGAUGAAGAUAUUGGUCAAGUUUUUAGGAGAUUUUGUAACAUUAGACAUUUGAAUUUAGCCAAAUGUCCAAGAGUGAAGCUACUUGUUGGAAUGAACUUUGAACUUCCUAACUUGGAGGUGUUGAAUUUGUCAUGUACAAGCGUUGGUCGUAAUGUCACACAGAAAGGAGUGAAACAUGUGCUUGAAAACUGCACACAACUAAGAGAGAUCAAUUUGCGGAAUUGUUCUAAUGUGGAUCGUGAUGUUUGCUCAGUGUUAUUGUCAAGCCUGUCUUUAAGAAAGAUAAUUGCUCCAUCUCGUAUUCGUUUCACUAAAGGAACUAUGAAACUCUUUUCGCAUCAUGGAUGCCGUGUUUGCAAGCAUUCUGCAAAAAUGUUCCACUCCCUUGAUCUCGACGCAGGCAUUGCUUUGGCUCUCCGUGACAGACUAACAUUGAAAUCCUUAUCUAUUGCCUGGAUUGAAUUAAAUCACGUUACUUCACAGUACAUUGACUCAUUCGUCAGUUAG